CCUUGCUUUCAUUCUUUCUCACACACCCACACAGAAACAGUCAAAUCCACAAGCAGAGUGAGAGCGAAGGAUGAGGCAUGACACAUAAAAGAGAAAAGCGUUUAUUUUCGCGUUGCUUUAGCACUGCGUUUUUCUUUUUUUCUCUAUUUCUGGUUCUCACAGCCCUCAGGUUAUUUUUUGGAUGCUGAUAUGAAGAUGAAGUGAUUAAUGGUAUGAAGUAGUGAUAUGGCUGUGGAUAUGGAGAGGACGGUCUCUAAAAUCAUGUUUGACUUCCAGAGGAACUCAACUUCUGAUGAUGACUCUGGCUGUGCACUAGAGGAGUACGCUUGGGUGCCACCUGGCCUCAAACCUGAACAGGUUCAUCAGUAUUACAGCUUUUUCCCAGAGGAUAAGGUUCCUUAUGUCAACAGCAUUGGUGAAAAGCAUCGGAUCAAGCAACUCCUUCAACAACUGCCACCACAUGACAAUGAGGUUCGUUACUGUACAUCACUGGAUGAAGAAGAAAAGCGGGAAUUAAAGAUCUUCAGUAACCAGCGAAAGCGAGACAAUCUAGGCAGAGGCACUGUCCGACCUCUACCCCUCACUGUAACUGGAGCUAUAUGUGAACAGUGUGGAGACCAGAUCAACGGUGGUGACAUUGCAGUGUUUGCCUCACGGGUUGGCCAUGGCCUGUGUUGGCACCCUCGCUGUUUCGUGUGCUGUGUGUGUUCGGAGUUAUUGGUAGAUCUCAUCUACUUCUACCUUGAUGGCAAGAUCUACUGUGGCCGUCACCAUGCUGAACGACUCAAGCCACGUUGCUCAGCAUGUGAUGAGAUUAUCUUUGCAGAUGAGUGCACAGAAGCAGAGGGGCAUCACUGGCACAUGAGACAUUUUUGCUGUUAUGAGUGUGAGGCCCCACUAGGAGGUCAGCGCUACAUCAUGCGUGAGGGACAUCCUCACUGCUGCAACUGCUUCGAGUCACUUUAUGCAGAAUACUGUGACUCUUGUGGAGAGCACAUAGGUAUAGACCAAGGUCAGAUGACAUAUGAAGGUCAACACUGGCAUGCCACUGAAGAGUGCUUCAGCUGUGCUCGUUGCAAUCAUUCUUUGCUGGGUUGUCCCUUCCUGCCGAAACAAGGUUUGAUCUACUGUUCCCAUCUCUGCAGCCAAGGGGAUGAACCUGAGUUGUCAGACUCUUCAGACUCCGCUUUCCAGAGUGCCCGUUCCCGUCAGUCACGCCACAGUACUCGGAUUGGCAAGGAUGGGACAAAAGGCAAAGGUGAAGGUGUACAUCAAACAUCAUCUGGCCCUAUACCAUUGGUUGGUGAUGCAGAGCCUCUAGCUGUUCAAAUGGAUUUGCUGAGCAUCUCCAACCCAGCUCCCAGCCGUACACCCCACCGCACACCGACGAGAACCCCAAGUAGAACCCCAAAUCGGUCUCCAAAUCUGAACCGUGAGCAAUCAGUUUGGGUAAACAGAGAUGAGCCUUAUUCCUAUGAGUCUCAACAAAGAGAUUCCUCCACAUCUUCAAAUCCCCAUCAGCUACGGAGCCAAUGCAGCAUGCGUAGCGCUUACCCUCCUUCUCCCAAUCAGCCACCUAAGAUAGUGAGCAGUCCAGAAUCUUGGUCCAAAGAACAACCUGGGGGUAAUUCAAAAAAGCCUCCAGUCAUGGCUGCUCUGAGGGGCCACUCUUUCAAUGAGAACUGGAUGCACCAUGGCCAGGAACCUGAAUUUCAUGCUCCUAAGCUCAAAACACAAAUGAGCUUCAAUGAAGUACCAAGCCGUAAUUCUGGAUUUUUGGACAAACGCAGUAUAAGCAUGCAAGGCUUUCCCCGAGAGAUGCGUCCUCCAUUGCUGAGGAGCAGGCACCAAUUUGGGCCAAGCUUUAGUGAACUUACGCCACUAGAACAAACACCAAGAGGUUCUACUGAUUCACUGGCCCUUUCCUACACUACAGCAGGAAACUCUUUAGAUGGGACCAACAGGCAUCAGGAGCACUUCUCUAGAUUUUCUAUGCCUGACCUGAGUAAAGACUCUGGGGUAAAUGUGUCUGAUAAAGGCACCAUGGGUACAUUAAACUCAUCAAUGCAGUUGCGCAGCACUGAAUCCCUGAGCUCUGUCCCAAGACCUCUUGCUGAUAUUGGCAUGCCUGUCAGAGUAAGGUACCCUCCUCCACUAUACUGGGAUUCACCUAGAGGUUUAAGUUUUGAGGAUCCUGUCAAAGGUCGCAUUGGUCUUGCAGGAAGCAUGUCCUGUAUGCAGGAAGGUAAUGCCCAAGCAAUGACACCACGGCCAAGAUGCACUCAGACACAAGACUCACCCAGACAGCAGCGCCAACGUCAACGUCACCACCGCAAAGGCCGCAAAGGUCACAAAUAUCACUACCGCUCCCGCCGCUCUCGGUCAGACAAUGCCCUGCAUUUAGCCACAGACAAUCAGAGUUUACCUGGGGACUCCAUUCAUAGAUUUCACAAUGACUUUGAGCGACCAUCCUCAUCAAGAGUGUCACACAAUCUCUUUGGAGCAAAUUAUGGGUUUCGACAACAAUUCUUUGGGCCUUGUCCUCGAACCACCUCUGACCUCAACUUGCAGGAUCCUAGAGGUCCACAGAUUGGACAGUAUAUGGGUAGGAAUGGAGAAACAGUUGAGGAUGAAGAUCAGUUUUGCUCAACCUGUUCCUCUUCAUCAGAGGUGUCAGAGGAUGAUGGUUACCUUCUGGGUGAAGUCAUUCCACGGCCAGUGCAGCUGCGAUACUUUGACAACGAGGAAUUACGACAUCGUUACAGUCCUACAGUGAUGGGUGGUCACACUCAACUACAUACACGCAAACGGCGGAAGAGCAAGAACUGCAUCAUAUCAUAAGCAAAUGGUAAUGUGAGUAUCUGAGUGUGUGUAUGUGAGAGUGGGUAUACAGUAUACAACAGAAGUUAGUACAGUGAGUACAAACAGACAUGCAGAUAGAUACAACCCAUAGGUUUAAAAUUGAAAAAGUUCUUAUGUUCACAGGUUAUUUUAUAAUCAUGUUCGUGCAAUUAGAUUCAUUGGAAAAAUCAGUUCCCUUCCGAUGGAACUUCGAAUUGCGUCAUCUAGAGCAGGGUUUCUCAACCUUUUGCCUACUGCGAUCCACUUUUUUUUGUAUGCCAGUCA